AUGCUUUUCUCUUUCACUUUCACUCUAUUGACGCUCGUCUGCGCUGCUUCCGCGUCUUGGAGCCCAUUCUCAAGAUCAUCGCGACGCGACACUUCUUCGAACGGCUCUUUGGCUCAGGGAACAGACCCUGCAGCCGGACAGCAGGGCACUCUCGCGCAGGGUACCUACGAUUCGAACCAAUAUGGGAGUCUCGCGCAAGGUACCUCUGAUCCGAACCAAUAUGGCUCUCUCGCUCAGCAACAAGCGAGGGCGUACUUGGCGCAAACGGUCCUUCGUCGCAACCUCUUUCCGAACGGCUCUCCCUACACGCCUGAGGAGCAGCGGCGCUUGGGGGAGAUGGGUAUUUUGAUUGCGCGUCAAGGCCUGGGUCUUGCCGACCAGGAGAACGCCCCUUACUACGGACCUCCUGGCUUUAAAGUACCACUUCUUGGCUAUAGGGGUCUCGACUUCACCCGUCGCUCACUCCGCCCGCUCGUCAGGCCGUUUGGCUCUAUACCAGAUCUUUACGCAGACAGUGAUCUUGGGCUCGCCCGUCGCGGUCGGCCGUCUGUAGGUUUCGCGAACCCGAGUGUAGUGUUUGCGGAUAUGGGAAGACGGAACUUGCGUGCAUACGAACAAUGGACGACUGGGAAUACCAUACCGAUAAUCGCGCUGGAUGGAGCUCCUCUUGAGGUUGAAACUCCGAGGGAUAGUCCAUGCAAGCUCGAGAGUGAGCUUCGCGGCUUGAAGCAACAAGCGGCUACUUUUGGUGCCUUCAGCAUCUCCAUCGCCUGCAGUUGGCGGAUCCUUGCCUCCCGCCGUAGGGAAGAUCCACGCCUGUCAGUGUCAUACGCGCGAUUGCCGCUCGCGGCGGGGCACCCGCUCCCCUCGAUAUCUCACGCGGACUCUCCCUCGCAUGCGCUGCUCCCGCCAUCCCCGGUGUAUCAUCGUCGGCGCUGGUGGGAAGCAGGCGCGAGAGGAGAAUGA